AUGAAUCGUAGAAGGGCACAUGAAGAAGAAGAUGGUUAUGAACGUCUGCAUAGAAAACGCCGGAGGGUUUCAGAAAACCAAGAGAUUGAGGAUAGAUUAGAAUCCCUUAUUUUAAGAGUAGGAGAGAAAAGUAGUUCUAGCUUAGAGAGCAAUUUAGAAGGCUUAGCGAGUGUCUUAGAAGCCGAUUUGAGUACAUUUAGAGUGAAAAUAUUACGUAUUUUAACAGAAUGUGCUAUACGAAUGCCAGAGAAAUGUACUAUUUAUGCAACAUUAGUUGGAUUGCUAAACGCGAAAAAUUACAACUUUGGUGGCGAAUUUGUCGAUUACAUAGUCAAAACGUUUAAAGAAAAUCUCAAGACUGGUAAAUGGAACGCAGCCCGCUAUUGCUUGAGGUUUAUAGCUGAUCUAGUUAACUGUCAUGUGUUGGCUGCUUCGUCUUUAUUGACAUUGUUAGAAACAUUGGUUGAUUGUGCUAACGAGGACGGCGUGCCACAAGUGCGACGUGAUUGGUUCGUGUUUGCCGUACUCGCUACUUUGCCGUGGGUUGGUAGAGAAUUGUAUGAAAAGAAAGAGUCACAAUUAGAUCACUUACUGGUAACCAUAGAGGUGUUUCUAAAUAAGAGAAGCAAAAAACAUUGGCCAGCACUAAAAGUAUGGUCGGCAGAUUCACCACAUCUCCAAGAAGAAUAUUUGGAUUGUCUGUGGGCUCAAAUCAAAAAGUUGAGACAGGAUAACUGGUCAGAAAAACAUAUACCUAGGCCUUAUCUUGCUUUUGAUUCUAUAUUGUGUGAGGCCUUACAACACACAUUACCUACUAUUCAGCCUCCACCUCACAAUGAUGGCGACACAUACCCAAUGCCUCGAGUUAUAUUCCGAAUGUUCGACUACACAGACUGUCCCGACGGCCCUGUGCUGCCGGGUGCCCACUCCAUAGAAAGAUUCCUUAUUGAGGAACACCUCCAUAAUAUCAUUGAAGCAUAUCAUCUAGAGAGAAAGGAAUGUGCCGCCCAACUAUUAUGUUUUCCAUAUAAAUCCAAAAUACCGCUAGAGUAUUGUAUAGUUGAAGUUAUAUUUGCCGAGCUGUUCAAUUUGCCGAGACCGAGAUAUUUGGAGAUAUGCUACGGAUCUAUUCUAAUUGAGCUCUGUAAGCUUCAACCAUCAACAAUGCCGCAAGUUUUGGCACAAGCUACUGAGAUUCUUUUCAUGAGAAUCGAUACAAUGAAUAUAGCUUGUUUUGACAGAUUAGUGAACUGGUUUUCGUAUCACUUGAGUAACUUCCAAUAUCGUUGGUCGUGGGAAGACUGGGAGGGAUGCGCUCAGCUUGAUCCUGAACAUCCUAAACCGAGAUUCAUCAGGGAGGUGCUCGGCAAGUGUCUUAGGUUAUCGUAUCAUCAAAGAAUCAAAGACAUGACGCCGGAAUCUCUAGCAGCAUAUGUGCCUCUUAAACCUGAACCCAUUUACAAAUACGCCAUGGAAGGAGCGGGUGAGUUAUAG